UUACCAAAGUUUCAAUGGCAGAGGAAGUGAUAUUGUUGGACUUCUGGCCGAGUCCGUUCGGGAUGAGGACCAGGAUCGCCCUCAGAGAGAAGGGCGUGCACUUUGAUCAGAGGGAGGAGGAACUUCUCAGCAACAAGAGCCCCCUUCUCUUGCAGAUGAACCCAGUCCACAAGAAAAUCCCCAUCCUCAUCCAUAAUGGCAAGCCGAUUUGCGAGUCCCACAUCAUCGUCCAGUACAUCGACGAGACCUGGGGUCCCGAGUCCCCUCUCUUGCCUUCUGAUCCUCAUGAGCGUGCCCGUGCCAGGUUCUGGGCCGACUACGUGGACAACAAGAUAUUUCCUGCAGGGCUGAUGGUGUGGUGGUCGACGGGGGAGGCCCAGGAGGCGGGGAAGAAUGAUUUCAUCGAGGGCUUGAAGCUGUUGGAGGGAGAGCUUGGGGACAGGGCUUACUUUGGAGGUGAGAGGUUUGGGUUUGUGGAUGUGUCGCUAAUGCCAUUCUAUUGCUGGUUCUAUGCUGUGGAGACAUUCACCAGUUGUAGCAUCGAGGAUGAGUGCCCCAAGUUGGUGGGAUGGGCCAAGCGGUGCAUGCAGAGGGAAAGCGUGGCCAAAUCGUUGCCCGACCAGCACAGGGUCUAUGACUUCAUGGCGGAGGUCAGGAAGAAACUUCAGGUGCAGUAACAACGCCAUGGACUCAUUAUGGUCAUUUCGUGACCGUUUUGUUCACAACUCCUCGCCUUUGGACGAGGAUUAGCUUCUUUUUUUUUUUUUCCUCCCUCAU